GCCGCUGUGACCCAAAGCACAGAGCUCUCCAAAUUUGUUGUAGUACUUUACAUAUGCUAAGGCGACUGUGUCAUGUGCUGCCACCAACAUAUGCUGCGAAAGAGAAACCCCGCGCCGUCCAUCACUAUACAUUUUUCGAUGUUAUCUAAAUGGCGGUGACAAUAGGAAGAGGAAAUGACGUACCAGAACGUUUAUGGGAUUGGAUGUGUGGUUUCGGUCUCUGCGAGUAAAGUGUUUUGUACGAAAUGUGUUUAAUGUUAUUGCAUAGUUGAAUUGAGGAAGUGGUAUUUGGUCAGUCUGUCCGACAUUUAUACAGCGUGAUUAAAGAACUCACGAAUCACAGACAAUCAUAAAUCAGUUGUUAGUGUAACAAAUUUCUACGAAAACCUCCUUUGAAUUUCUUGGAUGCUUCACAUGUGACAACCUUUUGGUGGAAAGUGGUAACUUCUAAUGUUCUCAGUCUGGUUCUGGGAAGAAACAGUGUGGAUCUGCUCACUGUAAAACUGUUCAGGCAUCCUUUUCAGGUUCUGCCCCCCACGACCCGUCAAAGGGCACUGCAAGUUUCGUGUUAACUUCGUCGCGAAAGAAAUCCGGCCGGUCUGGAGGGGGAUCCUGCCGCACCGGGAGAAUCCCGGACUCCUCCUGGCCCAGUCCAUCCUCCUUCGAGCCCCGAAAUGGAUGACGCAAACAGUAAACGGCAAGCCACUAGGGUGUUCAAGAAAAGUUCUCCAAAUGGUAAGAUCACUGUUUAUCUGGGCAAAAGGGACUUUGUGGACCACAUAACACAUGUAGAUCCUAUAGAUGGUGUGGUUCUAAUUGACCCUGACUAUGUGAAGGAAAGGAAGGUGUUUGGGCAUGUCCUGGCAGCAUUCCGUUAUGGGCGGGAGGAUCUAGAUGUUCUUGGUCUUACAUUCCGGAAGGAUCUGUACCUGGCUGCAGAGCAGAUAUUUCCUCAGGAUGGCUGCUCAAAGCGACCACUUACACGACUACAGGAGCGCCUGAUAAAGAAGCUGGGACCAAAUGCAUACCCAUUCUACUUUGAGCUACCUCCCCACUGUCCAGCCUCCGUCACUCUCCAGCCAGCACCGGGAGACACCGGUAAACCCUGUGGUGUGGACUAUGAGCUGAAGGCAUUUGUUGGUGAAACACAGGAUGACAAACCUCACAAAAGGAAUUCAGUUCGCCUGGCAAUCAGAAAGAUUAUGUAUGCACCGAGUAAGCAGGGAGAGCAACCGUCUGUAGAGGUGAGCAAGGAGUUCAUGAUGAGUCCCAACAAACUGCACCUAGAGGCCUCACUUGACAAGGAGUUGUAUCACCAUGGUGAGAACAUUGCUGUCAAUGUCCACAUAGCAAACAAUUCAAAUAGGACUGUCAAGAAAAUUAAGGUUUCUGUUCGGCAGUUUGCGGAUAUCUGUCUCUUCUCCACGGCCCAGUACAAAUGCACAGUUGCGGAAGCAGAAAGCGAAGCAGGCUGUCCUGUUGGUCCUGGGUUCACACUCUCAAAAGUAUACACAGUGCGACCACUGUUGGCCAAUAACAAGGAUAAGAGAGGCCUGGCACUAGACGGACAGCUGAAACAUGAGGACACAAACCUUGCAUCAUCUACAAUAGAGGGGUGCCCCAUCGGGCCUGGGUUCACGCUCAGCAAAGUUUUCAUGAUGACUCCACUGCUCGCCAAUAACAAGGACAAGUGGGGGUUAGCUCUAGAUGGACAGUUGAAACAUGAGGACACGAACCUGGCUUCCAGCACAUUAGUGGCAGAUCCAUCCCAGAAGGAGAAUUUAGGAAUCAUUGUCCAGUACAAAGUGAAAGUAAAGCUGUGUCUUGGAGCAUUAGGAGGAGACCUGGUAGCAGAAUUGCCUUUCAUCCUGAUGCAUCCGAAACCAGAGGAGGAUCCUCCCUUACCCAUCACUGCACGCCCGUCACCCUCGCAUGAACCUAGCAACAAGGAAGGUGGUGACGAUGUAGCAGUUGAUACGAAUCUGAUUCAGCUGGACACUGAUGGAAUCAUGUGCCCAGAUCAGGAUGACAUAAUUUUUGAGGACUUCGCACGCUUGCGAUUGAAGGGGGGAGAGACAGAAGCCUGAGUGAGGGGGCCUGGAGCCAGGAGGAGGGCUGUUUCUUCUGCCAAACCGCUUCGUACCGAAGUCUACAUCACAUGGGAGUAGUAUGGCAGCCAAUCAGGGCUCAAAAUUAAACAGCAAGAAAACAUACUGAUCAUUGCUUGCUAAAAAAACAGUGACAGGAGUA